GGCUCGCUUGAGAGUGAGGAGGCAGAAGCUAAUCCUCCUAACAAUGAUUUUCCUCUUGCAGCAUUUCUUCCUGCUGGCCACAGACUUAGUGCUCGCCAUGACCCUUUCCUGCCUCUUUUAUGCCUUCGCGUGCGUUUCCAUCGCGUUUCUGACCUGCUGCGUUAUCAUCUUCUCCUUUGGCACCGCGGAGAGGAAUGUUGAUGUGAAAAGGAGAGCAAUUGUAAUUCUUGUGUCCAACAGUUCCAUUGGGAGGAUGUUUGCAAGGAACCUGGAUAAAGCAGGUUUCGGGGUGUCUGCUGCACAAUGGUCUGCUCAAGAGGCGAGGACAGUGACAGAAGAGUGCUCAUCGAACAAGGAGGUAGCCCAGCUCCAUCUGACUGAAGAUGAGUAUCAGAAGACAGUGAAAACCUUCAUAGAAAGCCACUUAUCCCUGAAAGGCCCUGCAGAGGAAGGACAUUUUGGAAGUCAGAGCACGCACCAUGAAGCCUCCUGUACUGCAGACACCCUUGGAGGGGUGGUAGGGAACCCUAGCCAGCACCUGCUGCGGGCUGCAGCUAUUCAGGACACAGUUCUCUCAGGAUGCUCUUCUCCUCAGAAGCACCCAGUAGACCAGCAGUGCCUGUGCAAGUCUGCAUGGCCCAGGAUACAUCCCCCUAUUCACUGCCUGCCUGCAGGCUCCAGAAAUGGCUCCCUGCACACCAGCAGUGGGUUUCAGACUGAGUGCUCGGCUGCCUGCAUGAGAAUUUAGGCUCAUUUACCCUAGGAAAAUUACUCUGGUAAAACCUUCUAGUGUGGACAAGGCCUAAAAGCUCUCCAAGCUGAGUAUCAGCAUAAUUGUGUUCUGGAAAUGAAGAACAGAGGCUUUCUUAACCAGUAAUGAUCUGUGGGAGCUGGUGAUUUCUGUGGGCCCAUGCUGUUCUAAUUUGGCACAGUGAUACCUGUCUGUUUUUGCUCUUGACUACUUUGGUCCCUGUGCUAGUUAAAGGCUUUUUCGGGUGUCUUGUUGUUUUGACAGGGUGAUAUGUUGUAGGAUCCAUGAGGUUUUACUUUUAGGAUCUUCUGCAUAAUAUUCACAUCACAGAUGUGGAAAUGUAUUUCCCAAGUGCUGACCCAAUUGCAUGGCAGAUCAAAGCAGUAUGUUGGGAGGGGAAAAAUAUAAAAAUAAAAUAAAAAUAAAAUGAGAAAGAAAAACCUAGUUUUUUUCUUGGGUUUCUUUGUUAACAGUUUCAAGCGAGUGCUGAUAUUCAUUUUGCAAAAUUUACUAUGAUAUUUUUGGCAUAGGUGAAUGUGAACACUCACCACCAACUGACUGAUAAUGAAAUAAUUUAAACCAAAUCAAAAGCCUGCAUUAGUGGGUUCCCACAUGCAGUUUGGUCAGCAGGAUCUGAGAGAGAUCCUUCUCCUGGGCAGGAGAAGAGUUAAUGCUGUAGGGCAGAAGCAUUACACCAUCUUCUCCAUUUAAAAACUUCUCAUGCCCUUUGUGUAUGCAAUUUUUAGUUUCGAAAAAAAUGAACCUUUGCUG